UCAAAUAUGGACGCGCACAGUGUCGGUUAUAUAUAAAUAAUAGAUUUCUGUUGUUUUAGCAAAUACGCUAUUUAAUAUAUGGAAAAUAUGCCGCUUGGCAAAGAAUCCGUCUGAGCUGUGAGAUACUCCGGUGAUGCCUUCACGUUUGCAGAGGCUUUGCACCUCCUACUUGGCCUUCAUCAAGAGCAGACCCCAUCAUUUGACUGUACUUCCUCAGAGCAAGGCUUUGCACUACACUGCAUAUAGAUUGCAAUGUUCGACCCCAGAGUCUUCAUCCCCAUUCAGCUGUGUGGACCAGACACAGAAUGUCUCAGAACCAGCAGAACAGGGUCCUCCAUCUCCCCCCACCUGCUGUUGCAUGAGCGGUUGUCAUAACUGUGUGUGGAUCGAAUAUGCUGAAAAGCUGUUGAAAUAUUACAGUGAUGGUGGAGACAGAGCUCUGGCAGCCAUUGAGGAGAAUGUUCUCGAUGACAACUUGAAGGCUUAUCUUAAAAUGGAGAUCAAACUACUGAAGAAGUAUUGAUGAUAGUGUACAUAGUGAAUUCUAAAUGUAGCACAUGGGUGAAUUUUUUGGGUUGAAACUUGUGAAGCCUGUGAAAAAACAGGCUCAUAUUUUACCCCAAAAUAAAAAAGAACAAAAAGAGAAAAUAAAUUAUCUUUUGCCUAAAGACAAUUCUGCCUAUUUUUAGGAUUUUUUUCAUUGUGACGUUAUUUUGGCAAUUAAGCACACCGACUGCAAAAUUCUAAUUACCAUAAUGCUUUAGUACAUUUCACUUUUUUAGUUUUUUCCUUAUUAUCAAAUCUGAAUACUAGAGUAUACUUUUACUGUAUUAAGGUAAAACUUUACUUAGAUACAAUUAUUGUUCAAUUAAAAUCAGCAUAAAGGCAGUACAACAAUUACUACCAUGAUAUAUAAAUACUGUAUCAUUUAAGAUAUUUUAUUCAUAUUACAGUGAAUUUGAGAACGCAUCAGGUUUUUUUUUUUAGUUUGUCAUUUCAUUUUUAGUUUAGUUUUCAUAAUUUUUCACACUUUGUUAGUUUUAGUUCAGAUUUUACUGGUUUAAGUGGUGGUGGCAUAGUGGGCUAAAGCACUUAACUGUUAAGCAGAAGGUUGCUGGUUCGAUGCCCAAAGCCACCACCAUUGUGUCCUUGAGCAAGGCUCUUAACUCCAGGUUGCUCCGGGGGAUUGUCCUGUAAUAAGGCCUCUGUAAGUCGCUUUGGAUAAAAGCGUUUGCCAAAUGCAUAAAUUUAAAAUGUCCAACGUCAUUAAGUUUCUAGGAGCAGUCUUGUGUAUCUAGUGGCAUUUUCAUUUUUAAUUAAGUUAGACUGUAAAUGUUUCAAAUUUGAUAAUAUAUGCCUACUGUGUAUGAAAAACUAAAUUCAAUGUCAUAUUUAUUUUAGUUAGAUUUGGAGUUGUGAAAAUUUAUUUAGUUUCCAUUGAGUUUCUGAAAUUAGUUGCCGUCAUUUCAUUUAAAAAAACAUUUUUAAGUUAACAAAAAGAAUUUCAUUUUGUUUUAGUUUUAUUUUCGUUAACAAUAAUAACACUGAUCAAAAUAUGGGCUCAAGGUGACGGUCAGCAGACCUUGAUUCAUAAGAUUGAAUUUGAUUUGCUGUUGCCUGAAUGUAGAGUUUCAUUUUAUUUGUCUUUACAGAAAAGGUUAUGAAAAUAAUAGUUUUAUUAUAUGCUGUAAAAAUGUAAUUGUGCUGGCUAUGUUUUAGCAUGUUCACGUAAUGUAACAGUUAUUUUAAUGGAAACAAAUAUGAAAGUUUGUUUAAACAGAAUUGUACAUUUUCAAGGACAUGAAUUGUUCUAUAUCACUUGACUACAGAAAAGACAAAUGCCAGACUACUCCCAUGAUAAGACCUUGUUAUAUAGAGAAUUAUUAUUAUUUUUUAAUUACUUAAAGAGUGAACCGAGAUGUUACAAUGAUGCUAAAACAUUGUUUUAUUAAAUGUUAUAAGAUGUAAUGAUAAAUAUGUUUGAUACAUUUGCAGAUGAAGAGAAAGUGCUUAUUUAUUGUUGUAUUUAUAAAGACUGAGAUGAGUUUUGGUGAUGAAAAUCAUGGUUUGUAUUAAUUAAAAUAAGGCUUAAUGUAAAAGUUGUUCUUUUUG